GCAGCAGAAGACUGAAACAGAGCAGCACAGAGAAAGCUGUAUACCAUCAGCUACAGGAUGCAUCUCUUGGCUCUACUCUGGACUCUUGUCUUACUGCUGAAAGAGGCACAGGCGUGGGGCUUCAGAAAUGGAAUAUUCCAUAACUCAAUAUGGCUGGAACAAGCAGCUGGGGUUUACCAUCGCGAGUCACGCAAGGGGAGGUAUCAGCUGACGUAUAAGGAGGCCAAGGCUGUCUGCAAAUACGAGGGAGGAAAGUUGGCCACUUAUGAGCAACUGGAGGCAGCACGUCAAAUAGGUUUCCAUAUGUGUGCUGCUGGAUGGUUUGACAGAGGGCGUGUUGGCUAUCCAAUCGUCAAACCUGGUGCCAACUGUGGCUUUGGGAAAGUUGGCAUUGUCGACUAUGGAUACAGGCUGAACAAAAGUGAAAAAUGGGAUGUUUACUGCUACAACCCAAACUCCAAGGAGUGUGGUGGCGUUCUGACUGAGCAGCAGAAGAUCAUUCAUUCUCCUGGUUUCCCUAAGGAAUAUCAAGAUGAGCAGAUCUGCUACUGGCACAUUCGAGUGCGUAUAGGUCAGAGGAUUCGACUCAACUUCCUGGAGUUCAAUGUGGAGGAUGACACAUCGUGUCUCGCUGAUUACCUGGAGGUGUAUGACAGCUAUGAUGAUGUGUCAGGCUUUGCUGGGAGGUUCUGUGGUGAAUAUUUACCAGAUGACAUCAUCAGUACAGGAAAUGUGAUGACCCUAAAGUUCCUCUCUGAUGCUUCAGUAACCGCUGGUGGAUUCCAGUUACAAUAUGUUGCUUUUGAUCCAUUGCUCGAUCAUCAGAAUCAUACCUACGACUUUAUUACUGCUGCUCUUCACUGAUGUCACUCUGUUGCUGUAUUUAUGAUGUUGGUUACCUCAUCUUAUGUCAUGAAGACUUUAAUUAUAAUAAUUCUGUGAAAUAAACUUUCUGUGUAUUA